AAAGAACCAAAGAAGAUGAAUCAUUGCAGUCACGAAAGCUUUAAAUCGAAAUUUUGCAAGUGCUAACUUAAAACGCAGGUUUUCGUUAAUAUCUGUGAUUUAAUUUUUUGGUAAAAUUAAAUGUAACUUGCUGUUGUUUGGUGCCAUAGUUUUAGAAGUAAAAAGUGGAGGCCAUGUAGUCCAGAUAAUCGUAUAUCACAUACUUCAUGUAAUGUUCAAUUAAUAUAAAGUACAUCUAUAGUUCACAGUGCCUCACCAGUGACAACGCGAUUAUUCAUUAAGUAACCUCAGCAUAUGUCUGGACAGAGAUAUACAAUAUUUACAUUUUGUCACAAAAUAUAAUGGGAGUUUUUGCACCAUAAAGUGAUGUUGGAUUGUCAAUCUUAGUUUUCCAUGGUCCUAAAAAAAUGGAAAUAGUUUGGUAGAGCAUCAGGCUUCCAAUCAUGAAACAUAAGUUCAAAUCCCAGACAGGGUGUACCCAAUUAUUGAACAGCCCUGGUUAAAACGGUUCAGCAGGUGAAGGCAUGCUAGUUAAUGAGCCGACUAUGAGUUAUUGGGCAGAGGUACCGUUGCGGGCCUUAUUCACACUGCUGUGCCAAAUGCAGGAAAACCGGGGAUAGCCAGAUGCCGAUUAACUGGAAUUCACAUUUAGCUGAACCGAUGCCUUAGUAAUGGCAACAACAAUUCAGCGCAUCCUGCCACACCACUUAGAGCACGUGGCUCCGGGGUUAGAGCACGUGGCUCUGGGGUUAGAGCACGUGGCUCCGGGGUUAGGCCACGUGGCUCCGGGGUUAGGCCACGUGGCUCCGGGGUUAGAGCACGUGGCUCCAGGGUUAGAGCAUGUGGCUCCGGGGUUAGAGCACGUGGCUCCAGGGUUAGAGCACGUGGCUCCAGGGUUAGAGCACGUGGCUCCGGGGUUAGACCACGUGGCUCCGGGGUUAGAGCACGUGGCUCCGGGGUUAGAGCACGUGGCUCAGGGGUUAGAGCACGUGGCUCCGGGGUUAGAGCACGUGGCUCCGGGGUUAGAGCACGUGGCUCCGGGGUUAGAGCACGUGGCUCCGGGGUUAGAGCACGUGGCUCCGGGGUUAGAGCACGUGGCUCCGGGGUUAGAGCACGUGGCUCCAGGGUUAGAGCACGUGGCUCCAGGGUUAGACCACGUGGCUCCGGGGUUAGAGCACGUGGCUCCGGGGUUAGACCACGUGGCACCGGCGGCGUUCGACCACGUGGCACCGGCGGCGUUAGGCCACGUGGCUUCAGGGUUAGACCACGUGGCUCCGGGGUUAGAGCACGUGGCUGCACACCACCCACUCAGUGUUUCGCGACGCGCUCUGCUGCUAUGCGUAGCUCUCUGCAGCCCUGUGUCGUGCUCAGUACAGUAUUUUAUUUUCAUCCUCUGCGUUUUUUUUAGCUGUGUCCCCAACUCAGCCUGUUCUUUCUCCGUCUCUCUAUUUUGUCUUUUCAAGCUUUAUUUGAAUCUCUUGCUGUGCUUCUUGCUUUCUGGUACUCCAUCAUUGUGCCUUUGCCUUCUCAGAGGGCAUCAGUAACACUUCGAUGGCAAUGUUUACGGUGACGGAGGUCGCGUCGCUCAGCGACUCUCAGCCGGCUUACCGCAUCCUCAAGCCCUGGUGGGACGUGUUCCUCGAUUACCUGGGCAUCGUCAUGCUUAUGCUGUCCAUCUUCGCCGGCACCAUGCAGUUCUCACGCGACCCGCUCUGCUGCCUUCCCAAGCUGGACGAGAACGUGACGUGUCUCUCCGACUCGGCCAUACAGAAGUCCCUGCUGGCCACGGCCUCGCCCAGUGCGCCAACAAAAGAUUCUAGUCCCAGUGGCAGACAAACGGGGAUGGAAUACAUGCAAUACAUCUUCGUGAAUCAGAAAUGCUACCACGAUGUUCUGCCUUGGAUAUCCAAGUACAUGCCUUUCCUUGCCUUAAUUCACACGGUCAUCCUGAUGGCGAGCAGCAACUUCUGGUUCAAGUAUCCCAAGACGAGCUCCAAGCUCGAGCACUUUGUCUCCAUCCUGGGCAAGUGCUUCGAGUCUCCGUGGACCACCAAGGCUCUGUCGGAGACAGCGUGCGAGGAGUCGGAGGUUACCGGGACCGCUCCGCAGCACCAGAGCAAGCUGUCCGACCACGCGUCUCCUCCCAAGAGCAACUUGGGCUCGGUGAGCGCCAGCGAUGGGGGCAGCCUCAACCCCAGCAUGCCCAUGUUCGCCAAGGACCAGGAGAGCGUUCCGCUGGCGCCGGUGGACAAGCAGAUGCACGAGACGUCCAUCCAGAGCGGCGUGAGCGUCACCAUCUUGGACAAGAAGGACGGCGAGCAGGCGAAGGCGCUCUUUGAGAAGGUGCGCAAGUUUCGCCUCCACGUGGAGGAGAGCGACAUCAUCUACCAGCUGUACACCCUGCAGAGCCUCGUGAAGACUCUGAAGAUCCUGCUCAUCGUGGGCUACACGUCAUACUUCGUGGAUCAGAUCCAGUUCUUGCACGAGUGCGCGCCGGACGUGGAGGAGCUGAUCGGAUACACCACGUUCUGCUGCACGCACACGCUGGCCUACCUGCUCCGCAAGGUGCUCUACACCUACAUGGCUGUGGUCGUGCUCUAUGGCCUUGUGUGCUUCUACACGCUCUACUGGCUCUUUAAGCGGCCCCUGAAGGAGUACUCGUUCGAGAAGGUGCGCGAGGAGAGCAACUUCAGCGACAUUCCCGACGUGAAGAACGACUUCGCCUUCCUCAUGCACAUGAUCGACCAGUACGACUCGCUCUACUCCAAGCGCUUCGCCGUCUUCCUGUCGGAGGUGAGCGAGAACAAGCUGCGCCAGCUGAGCCUCAACCACGAGUGGAGCUACGAGAAGCUGCGCCAGCAUGUCACCAAGAACGCGCAGGACAAGAUGGAGCUGCACCUGCUCAUGCUGUCGGGCGUCCCCGAGGCCGUGUUCGACAUCCUGGACCUGGAGAUUCUCAAGCUCGAGCUCAUCCCGGAUGUGAAGCUGCCCGCCAAGAUCUCGCAGAUGAGCCGCCUGCAGGAGCUGUGGCUGCACCACUGCCCGGCAAAGUGCGACGCGUCGGCGCUGUCCUUCCUGCGCGACCGCCUGCGCGUGCUGCACCUCAAGUUCACCGACGUGGACGAGAUCCCGGCCUGGAUUUACACCCUGCGCAACCUACGGGACCUCUACCUCAUCGGCAACCUCAACUCGGAGAACAACAAGGUCAUCGCGCUGGAGUCGCUCAGGGAGCUGCGCCACCUCAAGCUGCUGCAGCUGAAGAGCAACCUGGCCAAGAUCCCGUCCAACCUCGCGGACAUCGCCACGCACCUGCAGAAGCUCUACAUCCACAACGACGGCACGCACCUCCUCGUCCUCAACAACCUGAAAAAGCUGGUGAACCUCACCGAGCUGGAGCUGCAGUACUGCGAGCUGGAGCGCAUCCCGCACGCGGUCUUCAGUUUGAUGAGUCUGCAGGAGAUUGACCUGAAGGGGAACAGCAUCCAGACUAUUGAGGAGAUUGUGAGCUUCCAGCAUCUCAAGAGGCUCACCUCCAUCAAGCUUUGGCACAACAAAAUAGCGGUCAUACCGGCGUCUAUCGCAUACGUGAAAAAUCUCGAGCGUUUAAAUCUGUCCAACAACAAAUUGGAGGCGUUUCCAAACGCGGUCUUAAACUGCGUCAAGCUCCGGCACCUGGAACUGAAUCACAACCAGAUCGAGUCGAUUCCGCUGGAGGUGGGAACGCUGCAGAAUUUGCAGCACCUGUCGCUGACCAAUAACCGGCUAAAGGAGCUUCCGGCGGAACUUUCCAACUGCUCCAGGCUGCGGAUGCUGCUGCUUUCCGGCAAUCAGUUGAAGGACGUGCCAGCGGGCCUUGUCCGCCGUCUGCCACAGCUGCACUUGGAGAUCAAGGGAAACCCGAUUGAGACGACGCUUCCAGAAGUUCAAAUCCUACUGGAAUCUGGAGGCCCCACGUACUCCUAACUUUUGACGUGCCCAACGAUGGAACGCACAUUUUUCCACCUUAUUCCCAAUGCAUAGUUUAUUUUAGUAACUGCCCUGCACUUGUUACGACGUAUGUAGGCUUCGGAUAAUUAUGUUAAAAUAAUGAAAGAGACGAUGUUUGCAUGACAAUUUUUUUUUUUAAUUUGAAGUCCAAAAAUUUCGAGGGUUAGCGCCGUGCGGUUGGAGCGUGACAUUGACGGAAAUGAGCAGCACAGUGGUCACAAUCACAGCCGUGUAAGGGCUGGGGGAGCAAUGUUUGCACAAACGG